AGUAGAAUUGGUCAUCCCAAAGAUCAUAUGUAGUCAAUUUUUUGUACUAUCCAUGCAAAUAUUUUUUCUUCAGAAUUAGAUGACAUAAAAACCGUAGAUCUCGAAUUAUUAUUGAUUUUUGGUCAUAUCUGAAAUGAUUUAGUCUCUCCCUUGAAAAUUAAACACUACACAUUUUAGCAUAAAAGACGAAACAGCCCCUCCCUCAGCACAUUUUUUUGUUUCAUUACAAAGUCAAUGUCAUCAACCCAGAGGCCAGAUCAAAAAGUUUUGAAUUACCAACAACAGCAUCAUAACCUUAUUCAUUUUCUCCUAUGUAGUUCCAGCAUCAUAUAAUAUUUAGAAGAUAUUUAUAAAUCAAGAGAAAAAUGAGGAUGAAGAAUCUACACAAGAAACCAAUUACUACUACUUUACAUUACAAUAUUUGGAGUAGAUAUUGUUCUAUGUCAGUUGUAAUAAUAUGGAGCUUAUUAAUCCUAGGAUGCAUAUUUUUGCUUCAUCUAUAUUCCAAUAACACCUCCUUGAAUAUGAUUCAUCCUCUUCAUUCUUCUUCUUAUUUCAAUCAACUCCAACAAGUUGAAAAUGAGAAGUUCCAAAUUCCACCACCAAACAAAAAAAGAUUACCUCAAAGCAAGUCAAUAACACCAUUAGUUGAUGAGUUUUUGGAUAAAGAUUCAACACUUAGACAUGUUUUUUUCCCUCAUAAAACAAAUGCUAUUGAUCCAAUGAAAACUAUAGGGAAAGAGAUUAAUGAUAGUUAUAGUUACUACUACCCUGGGAGAGUUUGGUUGGAUACUGAUGGAAAUCCUAUUCAAGCUCAUGGAGGUUGCAUUCUUUAUGAUGAAAUUUCAAGUACUUAUUAUUGGUAUGGUGAAUAUAAAGAUGGACCAACUUACCUUGCUCAUGGUAACAAAGGACCUGCUCGUGUGGACAUUAUAGGAGUUGGUUGCUAUUCUUCUAAGGAUCUAUGGACAUGGAAAAAAGAGGGAAUUGUAUUAACAGCAGAGAAAACAAAUAAAGCACAUGAUCUACACAAGUCCAAUGUACUUGAGAGACCAAAAGUAAUUUACAAUGAGAAAACAAGAAAGUAUGUCAUGUUGAUGCAUAUCGAUGACGCCAAUUACGCAAAAGCUUCCAUCGGCGUAGCAGUCAGUGAUACUCCUAUCGGUCCAUUCAAAUAUCUCGGUAGCCAAAGACCAAAUGGAUAUCAAAGCCGGGACAUGACAGUUUACAAAGACGAAGACAGUGUCGCAUAUCUAAUCUACUCUUCUGAAGAAAACAAUGUAAUGCACAUUGGACCCUUGACUGAUGAUUAUCUCAAUGUGACAUCUGUUAUGAGAAGGAUUUUCGUUGGACAGCGAAGAGAAGCGCCGGCUAUGUUCAAACACAAAGGAAUAUAUUACAUGAUAACAUCAGGGUGUACUGGAUGGGCUCCAAAUGAAGCACUUGUUCAUGCAUCUGACUCAAUUUUGGGGACAUGGGAAACAAUUGGAAAUCCAUGUGUUGGUGGAAACAAAAUGUUUCGAGUUUCGACUUUUCUGGCACAAAGUACUUUUGUGGUUCCAUUAAAUAAGUUUCCUGGUUUGUUUAUCUUCAUGGCAGAUAGAUGGAAUCCAGGUGAGUUAAGAGAUUCUAGAUAUGUUUGGUUGCCUUUGAUUGUUGAUGGAAAUGAUGAUCAAACACUUGAAUAUGGUUUUGGCUACACAUUGUGGCCAAGAGUUUCUAUCUAUUGGCAUAGAAAAUGGAAACUUCCUUUGGGUUGGAACACAUUGAAAUGAUGUAGUUUUUUGUGUAUCCAUGUAACAGUGUAUCAGAGACUUUAUGGAUAAUAAUGUAGAUGUUCAUAGA